AUGGCUCAUCGUUUCGUCCGAUCAUUACGAGGAACACUGAAUUAUCUUGCCCUGCAACACUCGAAACCUGUUAGUAAUGUUUUCCAAUCUUCAUCCAGGACUUAUGUUGCAGAAAUGCGAAAGUCCGCGUUCGAAGGUAACAUUCUCAGGCUCAUACGCAAUGAAAUCCAGUACGAACUCGACCGCUCUCCUCCCUUUCAGCCUACGUCAGAAUUUAAUGCAUUUAAGGUCGAUGAACGGCCAGGAGAGCAGUGGAUUAAUUUAAGCAAGAAAUUUGGAGAGAAUGAAGAGAUCAAAGUCGAAGUAACUAUGUUUGAUGGAUCUCUUCCCAUAAAAAAAGCUGGCGACAUAGCUACAGAGGAUGAUGUACAGCUUCACAUUACUAUCAUCGUUGACAUCUUUAAGGGAGAGGACAAUGAUGUUCUGGAAUUUGUUUGCUCUGCAUGGCCAAACAGCAUUGAGAUUCGCAAUGUCUUUACACGUGGACAUAAUAGAAUAAAGAUUCAGCCCUAUAUGGGACCUGGAUUCAAGGAAUUGGAUGAUGAGCUGCAGGAUUCACUUUAUGACUUCUUAGAGGCGAGAGGUAUAAAUGAUGAGCUUGCUGAAUAUUUGCAUCAAUACAUGAAGAAUAAAGAUAAGACCGAGUAUAUCCGUUGGAUGGAAACUGUCAAAUCUUUCGUUGAGAAGACUAGUUAA